GUGGGUUUUUGUGAAGCACAAGUGUGUACUAAAUAGUUUCAAACAAAAGAUUGAGCUAAUGUCGAUCAAGAUAGUGGAGCAUGGAGCGCAACAAGACACCUUUUGUUUGACAGUGCGCCGAUGCGCGCCGGUGUAAGCCUUUCCAUGGGUCAAACACAAACAGAACAAACCGAUCACAGUGCAUAGCACAGAGCGGACUGAGCGACAUUAAACGGGGUGCCACACUCCAUCCACUUCACGCUGUCCAACAAAACAUCGACCCAAGAGACAGCGAAAGAGCUAAACCAACGAUCGCGUUCGUGCUCGAUUACCGUUCCUGUGAGUGUACCAGUGCUAAACAAAUCCUCAAUAUUGACCUUCAUCGUCUUCUACCCCUCCUCGUCUCGGCUAUUGCCCUGCUCGUCCCCCCUAACCAACUCAAUUGACUAAACUGGAAAGAUGAAGCUAUAAGGUGGGUGCGCAACACUCACAUCAUCCCCAUUACGAAACACGAAGCCUGGUGCCGGACAACACAAGCAACGGCAUUUUAGUACGAGAAAUCAAUUUUCCCUCGCUCCGUACCCUUCCUCCUUUAUCGGCCCAUCCCGGUGGACAGCAAGUGCGCUCCAGAUUGUGUUCGAGGAGUGUUGCAGGGCGUGCGUGCCUGCAGUUACCGCACGGAUCCCUUCCGUCCAUUCGAGAAUCGUAGUUUCAUGUGUAUGUGUGAAUAGUUGUAUGUGUGUAUGUGUGUUGGUGUGUGUGGGAGGGAAAAAUCAGUGCCGAACAUGUUGUUCCGGAUCCGGCCGCAUCUAGAAGUGGAGCGCAAAGUGUACUGAUGUGCGACGUUCGUUGUUAGUGCCGAGGUAAAAGUGAAACGCAAAACCGGAGAAGAAGAGAGAGAGAAUUAGCAUGCCUCAUGGUGGGUGCGUAGUGUAGUACUUCGAGGCAUCGAUUACGGCGGGCGGCAUCUGUUGCGGUAAAGCAUUACCGAUAAAGCAUAAUCAUAUCGCAACGCGAAAGGUGCGAAGGCGAGUGUUUGUGGCCGGUUUGUUUUUUCGCUUUUGCCGCAAGAAGAGAGAAGCGGUUCCUGCAACAAUGCCUGCCGGUUAUAGAGCAAAUGGUCAUAUACCACACCCGGGGAAUGGACACAUUAGCGAGUUCACUGCCACGGAUAAGUAUUACACAAAUGGUGGACCAAAGCUACGGGGCUGGACGAAUGGUGGGAUGCAAGAUCAUCAGUCCACACUGUCGCGACCCCGAUCGGCCGAGGUCAUCACGGCGAACGGUAAUGGCACACUGCCAAACGGUCGGCACAUGAACGGUGUGCUUACGCGCGGCCCGGGAGGGCUGCACGAGGACCUGGAGUUCCCACCGACGCCCCGCACACUGUCCAAGAAGAAGCAAAUCGUCUGGAUGCGACCUCACGACAUGUGCGCAAGGCCACAGUUUCGUAUUGCCCCACCAGGGACGCCCCUCACCGCCAGGGAGCUGCCAGAACCGGUGGGACCCGGUGACCCCAGCUUGCUGGCGGCGCUUGGAUGCUUAUCGCAGCUGCCGAGACUGCUGGAGCGUGUCGUCCCGCCGGAGCAGACAUUCGACACGGCCAACGGGUACUGCGGCAUGUUCAAAUUCCGCUUCUGGCAGUGGGGCAAAUGGAUCGAGGUUCGUGUGGACGAUCGGCUGCCGACACGGGGCGAUCGUCCAGCCCACAUGCAUUGCGCCCAGCCGGACAUCUUCUGGGCGGCACUGCUGGAGAAAGCAUACGCCAAAUUGUACGGAGGAUACACCUUCUUGAAGUAUGGAACAGUAGGCCGUGCCUUACAGGAUCUAACAGGAGCGGUGGUCCAGAGUGUGCCUCCCAGUGGACCGCUUCUUGGAGGAGCCGUACCAAGAUCUACACUUUUGAUCGCCAUCAGUGGAUUGGAAAAAGAGACUAAACGGCGCCGCUCAGGUCUGCUCACGGAACACCCGUACUGCGUAACAGGACUUGCCCGGGUGCGUGCAAACUCGAACGACUCCGCCACCCACGGCAGCGGUUCUUCCGGCGGCGACACGAGCCUGAUCCGCCUGCGCAGCCCAUGGAUCGGUGGCGAGUGGGGCGGUGUUUGGUGCGGUGCCUGGUCCGAACGGAGCUGGGAGUGGAACGCCCUGAACGAACGGGACCGCGAGCUGCUCUCCUCGCGCUCCUCCAACGACUGUGAGUUCUGGAUGUCCGUGAACGAGUUUCUAACCCGGUUCGUCGUCAUCUGGCUCGCGCACAUCGGGCCGGACGAUUGGGCGCUCGAGCCAGGGCUGCACACACGCGCCCCCUGGCGGGCCGCACUGGCCGUGCGGCAGUGGCGCGGGGGCUUUAAUGCCGGCGGGCCGCACAAGUUCAUCGAUACGACCGCCACCAAUCCGCAGUUCCGCAUCCGCGUCCCGCCGGGCCAUCCGUCCAAGGCGCACGUGGUGGUGGCGGUGGCGCAAAAGUACGAAUGCUACCGCAGCCGCAACUACGAGGACGAGGAGAUUGGCUUCACCAUCUACGAGGUGCCGCCCGGGAUGCAGCGCGUCACCCCGCAGUACGUGAGCGAGCAGAUGCCGCUCGACUUUGCGCCGCUGUCGAAUUUGCGCGAGAUCGCGACGUUUUUUGCGCUGCCGGCGGGCGAUUUUGUGGUGAUGCCGCACGCGGCGCAGCACCGCGAGGGUCGGUUCCUGCUGCGCAUCUUUGCCGACCAGCACACGGACGUGUGGGAGGUGAACGAGGAAAACCUGGUGAUACACAACAUUGCGGCGGAGUUUUGUGACGAGCGCACGAUCGAUGCGCGCAUCCUCUACAAACUGCGCGCGCGCUAUCCGCACGAAAUCGAUGCCACCCAGCUGCAAGCCAUCCUGAAAGCACACGGGGGCAACAACCGAGGGUUCCGGGGGCUGGGCGGCAUCAACUGUGGUCCUUCGCUGGAGCUUUGCCGCGGAAUGUUGGCCUUGCGAGACCCGGCACUGGGUGGACGGCUUUCGAUCGAGCACGUGCCGGCGUUGAUUGGGCUGAUGCGCUUCUGGAAGGCGGCUUUCCGGCGCUGCGGACCUUCCUCCUCCGGUACGGCAACACUGAGCCGGGGCAUCUGGGCGUCGAAGGUGUCUUCCUACUGUUUGCGCGGGUUGCUGUGGGCCGGUGGAGCGACGGCGAGCAACAAAGUGCUGGAAGCGCUCGUGAGCCGAUUUACGCGCAACCGACAGAUCACGCUCGAGGGAUACCUGCUAUCGAUGGCACGGUUGCAUUUGGCACAUGAACGAUAUCACAGUUUGGAUGCAAAAGCAAAGGCGAGUCCCCUAUCGUUGGAGGAGAUGAUUCUAAUGACCAUCUACUCGUGAGGUUGUAAACAAUAGCAAAGCCAAUAGCAAACGUCGACGCAAAAUGAAGGUUUAAAAAGCAUCUUCAUCACCAAAGAGACAAGACACAGCACACAAGCACACACCUGGAAGGGCACACAUCCGAAUCAUGACCAAUAUUGUUUACUUUUGUUUGUUCGUGACCUGCGUGCGGUUGUGUAGACAGUAGAAGGGCCCAGAACGAAACUCCAACACACAUUAGCUGGCUGGCACGUAUUGAGCGAUUCCAAUUGGAAAUUCGGGAAGCAAGUGUGGCCAAAACGAUGCAGCGAAUCCAUCCAACAUAAAUGCAAUAUUAAGUUAAAUAGACUGAUAAUUAAAUAAAUGAAUAUUUAUGAGACUCGUUA